CUCAACAUUUUGAUGAUCUCUCACCUGUUUCAAACAGGUGGGUGCGAGCUGAGUUUCGGCACAAGAGCUCUGGAGGAGGUGGAACAUACGGUGGGUCCACUGUCUGAUCAGAGGACAGAGGGAGUUAGAGAUGUUGGAGUAUCGCUCUUGUCUGAAUGUGUGAUUCUGGGAAACAGCGAGCUGCUGGCCCUUCGCUCAGAGGGAGAUGUGAUCAUUGGUGGGUUGUUCCCUGUGCAUUACCUUGUCCCCAACUCCCAGAACACCUACAAUAGCAAACCCCAGAACCUACCUUGCAAUGGUUUUGACGACAGAGCCUUCCGGUGGAUGAUGACAAUGAUCUUUGCAGUGGAGGAAAUUAACCGUAACCCAGCUCUGCUCCCUGGCGUCACACUUGGCUACCACAUCAUGGACAGCUGUGAUCACAUCCACACCAGCCUCAAAGCUCUUUUGUCUUUACUCACUCACAGUACGAAAGGGCAAAACACAUUGGAUUCAGGAAGGUGUCUUACUGGAUCUCCAAUCACGGCUGUGGUUGGCCUUGCCUCUUCAUCCCCUACUGGUGCUAUAGCACACAUUCUGGGCCCCUUCAGCAUCCCUCUGGUUAGUUAUUUUGCCACCUGUGCCUGUCUCACAGACAAACACACCUACCCAUCUUUCUUGCGCACAGUGCCCAGUGAUCUGUUUCAGGUCAGGGGUCUGGUUGAGCUUGUUAAAUUCUUUGGAUGGAACUGGGUGGGCACUGUAGGGACCCCGGAUGACUACAGUCGUUAUGGAAUCCAAGCGUUCUCUCAUCAGUUUAGACAACUGGGAGGCUGCCUUGCAUACCAUCUCACUAUCCCACAAUCCCCCACCUUUGUUGAGAUUGGAGCCAUGGCCGACACCCUCCAGAGCUCAAAGGCUAAAGUGGUGGUGGCCUUCGCUACAGAGGGGCAACUUCUGGAGCUGUUCUCAGAGUUUCACCUCCUCCUGCAAGGCACACUGGGCUUCUCCUUCCCAGGAGUUUACAUACCUGGUCUGAGAGAGUUUUUGUUGAAGGUGCGGCCUAAGGCAGAGCCUGGUUUUGAGUUUCACAACAUGCUAUGGGAGGAAGUGUUCGACUGUAGGUUGGAGACUUUCCUGUUUUCAGCCCAAGAAAACACUACAGAUUCACCUGAGAGGCCUGUGUGCACAGGCUCAGAGGAUCUCAGCAAUGUGCACAACAGUUACACAGAGCUGUCCAAAGUCAGAAUAUCCUAUAACGUUUACAAGGCUGUGUAUGCCAUCGCCCAUGCACUGCACGAUUUACUUGAAUGUGGUUCUGUUGGAGCCACCACCGCUGAAGCUGGGUGUAAGAAAAAUGCAUCAAAACCAAUAGAGCUAUUGGGCUACCUGAAGAUGGUUAAUUUCACCAACCAGUUUGGUGAAAAAGUACAUUUUGAUGACAAUGGAGAGCCUGUGCCCCUAUAUGACAUUAUCAACUGGCAAAAGGACAGCAAGGGAAAGAUUAGAUUUGUUAAGGUGGGAAGCUAUGAUGGUUCGGUUCCAAUGGAUCAGCAGCUGCAGCUGAAUCAGAGUAAAAUUGUAUGGACAGGAGGCCUAUCACAGGUUCCCGUGUCUCUUUGCAGUGAUCCCUGCCCGCCUGGAAGCAGGCAGGCUAGACGCCCAGGAGAACCUCAGUGUUGCUUUGACUGCUUACCAUGUGCAGAAGGAGAGAUAAGCAACCAAACUGAUUCUACAGAGUGUACAAAAUGUCAAGAGUACUACUGGUCUGACAAGAGAAAGGUGGAGUGUGUGGCCGGAGUGGACGACUUCCUGUCCGUGUACGACACCAUGGGCAUCAUCCUGAUCACGCUCACCCUGCUGGGGGUCGUCAUGACAACCGUCAUCACUACUGUCUUCCAUCACUUCCGUGCCACGCCCAUCGUCAGGGCAAACAACUCUGAGAUCAGCUUCCUGUUGCUGGUGUCACUAAAGCUGUGUUUCCUCUGCUCCCUGGCCUUCAUCGGCAAGCCGUCCACAUGGACGUGUAGACUGCGCCAGGCCGCUUUCGGUGUCAGUUUUGUUUUAUGUCUCUCCUGUCUGUUGGUCAAGACUAUUGUGGUUCUGCUGGCCUUCCGGUCCACUGGGCCAGGUUCUGGAGCUAUGAAGCUCUUUGGCCCCGCCCAACAAAGGACUCUCAUCUUGUGCACUACUGCACCUCAGGUUUGUCUCUGUGCUGGUUGGCUCUCAGCAGCACCCCCAUUCCCAUUCAGGAAUCCAACGUACCAAGCCUCAACUGGGAUGAUCGUGGUGGAGUGCAGGGAGCUGUGGCCCGCUGGGUUCUACCUGGUGCUGGGCUACAUCGGCCUGCUGGCGUCCCUCUGCCUCCUCCUCGCCUACCUUGGCCGCAAGCUGCCCGACACCUUCAACGAGGCCAAACUCAUCACCUUCAGCAUGAUCAUCUUCUGUGCUGUGUGGCUCUCGUUCAUCCCGGCUCACGUCAGCUCCCCAGGGAAAUUCACUGUGGCCGUGGAGAUAUUUGCCAUCUUGGCCUCCAGUUUUGGGUUGUUGUUAUGUAUAUUUGUGCCUAAAUGUUUUAUUAUUUUAGCGCAACCUGAGAAGAAUAUCAAGAAGCGAAUGAUUAAAUCUCCCAGAUAAAACAAACUUGUUUAAUUAUUCAGAAGUUAGUUUUAAUUUACUGCAAUAUCAACUAAAUAAUCAUGAAUGAUCAUCGUGAGAGGGCUAGCCAUAUUUUUUAAGUAAGCAUUUUAAUCCUGUCUGUAUAGCAAUACAGCAGUUUGUUUCUCUGACAGCUGCUGUUGCUUAGGUUUAUUUGAAUCUGCACAAACUGCACAGUGAAAGUAUUUCAAUAAUGAAAAUGUUUUGUUUCACAAUUCUUUGGGAUAUAACUUGAAUCAAAUGUUACAUCAUAUCUAUAUCAUAAUGUUUAAUUCUGCCGAGAUUAAAGAAUCCUUUCUAUCAAUGUGUCAGCUCAAUGUCUAGCGUUCAUGAUAAAGUAGAAUUUAGUAGAAGAUGUUUCAUGAGGGCGUAUUAAAGCAUUUGUCAGCUGAGAUGCACGCCUCCACUUUUGGGGAGGAACACAGACAGAUAAAACUAUCCACAUCCACAUGUUACGUAAGUGUAGCUCGUAGCUUAAAGAUAUAC